AUGAUUGAAGACGAGAAAAAGGACGUCGCUGUUUUUGGUGAGCGCAUUCACUGGAACGAUGACGACGAAGCCGGUCGCGUUUCGCGUCAUGGUGAGCGGCGCUCUCGUAGACGGUCUCGGUCUCGCUCGAGGGAUUCGUUGAGUAUCCAUCGAGCGGGCUCGAGAAAUCGCGCUGAUCCGUCGCUUGUUCUACCUGUCACCUAUCGUACAGUCUCAUUCAAUAUCGAGGAGUCCAAGGGGAAAGAACAAGCUGAACUAGCCAAGGCGAAAGACGUCACUACAAAAGCUUUGACGGACCUAGAGUGGCAUACCAUCGCGCCCUUCGACGUCGAAAAGCGCCUUACUACUUCAUCCACCGCUGGCCUUUCCACCGAACAAGCUGAGAGAAGACAACGCGAAUAUGGCAGAAACGCGCCAUCUCCUGCUAAGACGCAUUGGUUCAGAACAAUCUUUCUCUACUUCUUCGGCGGCUUUGGAAGUAUUCUUCUCACAGGCUGUAUUCUCGUCUUUGUCUCGUGGAAGCCAUUGGGUGAUCCUCCUGCUGUUGCCAACCUCGCCCUCGCUAUUGUGCUCCUCGCCGUGUUCUUCAUCCAAGCCCUCUUCAACAUGUUUCAGGACUGGUCUACAUCACGUACCAUGUCCUCCAUCAAGAACAUGCUUCCCGAAGAAGGUCACGUUAUUCGCGAUGGUAAUCUCGUCGAUCUCAACGCUGCAGAAAUCGUUCCAGGCGAUGUCAUCAAGGUCAAGGCUGGUAACAAGCUACCCGCUGAUAUCCGCUUGAUCGAAGCUUCUUCUGACGUUAAAUUUGAUCGUUCUGUUCUCACUGGAGAGUCUAAGCCUGUGGCGGGUACUGUGGACCAUACUGAUACCAAUUAUCUUGAGACGCAUAACAUUGUUGCUACUGGUGAUAGGACGGUGUUUGGACGGAUCGCGAGUUUGACGAAUGAGCCGAAAGUACAGAUGACGACGCUUGAGAAGGAAGUCCUUUACUUUGUCAUCAUCAUUGCUAGUAUCAUGAUCAGUAUGAUCGCUGUUGUCUGCAUCAUUUGGGGCGCGUUUCUGAAAAAGAAGCAUCCUGACUUCAUCAACGUACCAACCCUCAUCGUCAACUGCGUCAGCGUCGCCAUAGCUUUCAUCCCCGAAGGUCUCCCCAUCUCCAUCACAGCUGGUCUCACCAUCACCGCCAACCUUAUGAAGAAGAACAAGAUUCUUUGCAAGUCCCUCAAGACUGUCGAGACGCUUGGAUCUGUUUCUGUAAUUUGCUCUGACAAGACCGGUACCCUGACUACUGCCAAGAUGGCUGUCUCUGACUGUGCAGUCGGAGGACUCAACAUGACCAUUGAGAAUGCUCGCGGCAAAUUCGGCCAGUCUAAAUCUACCACCCACCCGAUCAUCCAACUCCGUGCUUUAGCUGCUCUUUGCAACGCAUCUGAAUUUGAUGCCGCUACAAAGGAUGCCCCGCUGGCUGACAGAAGAAUCUUUGGUGAUGCGACUGAUCAAGCAGUCCUCCGAUUCGCCGAGUUUGUUGACCCAAGUAGCGUUGAUUACCUCCGUGCUUGCUGGAACAAGAUUUAUGAUCUUGCUUUCAACAGUAAGAACAAAUUCAUGAUCCGUUGCUUCUCCUGCACCAGGACCGAGGCUGUACCUGCUACGCUUAGCAAGGAGACUGCGUUCAACACCGAUGAUAUCCUCCUGACCAUCAAGGGUGCUCCUGAUGUUCUUAUCGGUCGCUGCUCGCACUAUGUUUCUGAACAUGGCGAAACUAUCCCUCUCAAUGCGGCCAUGCGAGCGACGGUGGAGCAGCUGAAGAACACGUACUCUUCACAAGGUAAACGAUGCUUGUUGCUCGCUCGCAAGAUCAUCAAGAGUAGCGACUUGCCUAACAAUCGGGAGACGAGUGAGUUCGAGCAUGCAGUCACACGGGAGUCCAAUACUGGUCUUACUUUGGUCGGAAUGGUCGCCAUCGUGGAUCCCCUUAGGCAUGACAUUCCUCAUGUCGUGAGCACAUUGCGCGGCGCUGGUAUUCGUAUCGCUAUGGUCACUGGUGAUUUUGCCCUCACAGCCCUAGCCAUCGCCCGCGAAGCUGGCAUCGUAAGCUCCCAAACCGUCGACGACAGCACAGCUCUCCAGCGCUACAGCCCUGACGACACCAAAGACUCACCAAUCUCCCAUCUUGGCGCCAUCGUCCUCAGCGGUCCGGAACUCAUGUCUCUGAACGAGCAUCAGUGGGAGACACUAACUCACUACGAGGAGAUUGUGUUUGCGCGAACAACGCCCGAACAAAAACUUCGAAUCGUGCGUGAGUUCCAGAAGGGCAAUGUUGUAGCCAUGACGGGCGAUGGUGUCAAUGAUGCACCAUCACUGAGGGCUGCUGAUGUUGGUAUCUCGAUGGGUAGUGGCUCGGAUAUAGCUAUGGAGGCGGCUGAUAUGGUGUUGCUGGAUACUUUCUCUUCUAUCAUUAUUGCUGUGCAGUAUGGCCGUGUUGUGUUUGACAAUCUCAAGAAGGUCAUCUCCUACCUCUUGCCUGCUGGCUCUUUCUCCGAGUUCUGGCCCGUCAUGGCCUUUGUCGCCUUUGGCUUACCCCAAGCUCUCUCUUCAUUCCUCAUGAUCAUCAUCUGCUGCUUCACCGACUGCGCCGCCGCCACAAUGCUAUCCUACGAAAAGCCCGAAGCUGACGUCCUUACCCGUCCCCCACGCAACAUCAAGAAAGAUCGUCUUGUCAACUGGCAGCUCAUCCUCCAAGCAUACGGAGUCAACGGCGUCCUCCAAACAGUCGCAUCCUUCGCCAUGGCAUUCUGGUAUCUCCAGCGUCAAGGCAUUCCCUUUAGCGAGCUCUGGUUCAGCUUCGGAAAGCUCCCUGCUGGUAUCGAUCCAGACUACUACCUGGCCAAGACCAACGAGGCCUCGUCUAUCUACUUUGUCAACCUUGUUGUGAUGCAGUGGUUCAAUCUGAUGGCGACUAGAACUCGUCGACUCAGUAUCUUCCAGCAUCCUCCUCUGUUCAACCUGAACACGCAGAACUGGUACCUGUUCCCUGCGAUUAUCUUUUCGCUUGCUAUGGCUAUCUUCUGGCUGUACAUCCCGCCUCUGCAGCCUGUUCUUGGAACUACGCCUGUACCCGUUGAACACUGGUUUCUUCCUUUUGCUAUUGGUAUUUUCCAGCUUUUGCUAGAUGAGGCUCGCAAGUUUGGUGUCCGGAAAUGGCCUCAUGGAAUACUGGCCAAGUUGGCUUGGUAA